AUGACAUUAAGAAAAUUGGAUUCAAUUAUUUCAUUUCUCUGUGAUAUUGCUAGGCUGACACUUAUAGCUUUACGCAAUGGUAAAAUCAACGGAAAGCUUCUAACUUUUGCUGGGCCUCGUGCAUGGACAACCCAAGAAGUGAUAACACUAUGUGAGAGACUUGCUGGGCAAGAUGCAAAUGUCACAACCGUUCCAGUUUCUGUAUUGACUCGUUUCUUCCAAUGGACAAAUGAUGUCGCGGGUAGACUGGCCUUCUCACAGGUUCUCUCGAGUGAUACGGUGUUCUCUGCUCCGAUGACCGAGACUAAUAGCCUACUAGGUGUGGAUCAGAAGGACAUGGUGACUCUAGAGAAGUACUUGCAGGAUUACUUCAGUAACAUAUUGAAGAAACUUAAGGAUCUAAAGGCACAAUCCAAGCAAUCAGACAUCUACUUCUUAGUUCUGACAUUGUGA